UCCCCCCCUCAUCCUUCUCCACUGUACGAUAAACGAGGAGGGGCUUGAUGCCGUGGAGGAGGGAGGCAGUCAGGCUGAGCUGACCCGCUUGCGGUGUGUGUCGCUUCGCCUACAUUCAAGUCAGCUCGCAUGCACUGACGAGUGAGGGACAUCAGGAGUAUAGGUCGGUCGCAAGGCCGUUAUACUACCCACCAAGAUGGUGGCCUUAUCGUUGAAGAUUUGCGUGCGCCAGUGUAAUGUGGUGAAGACGAUGCAGUUUGAACCGUCCACCCCUGUGUAUGAUGCCUGCAGAAUCAUCAGAGAGAGAGUCCCUGAAGCCCAGACAGGACAAGCCUCGGAUUAUGGCCUCUUCCUGUCUGACGAUGAUCCCAGGAAAGGAAUCUGGCUCGAGUCUGGAAGAACCCUGGAUUACUACAUGCUGCGAAACGGAGAUGUCUUGGAGUAUAAGAAGAAACAAAGGCCACAGAAGAUCAAGAUGCUGGAUGGUGCCAUUAAAACUAUCAUGGUGGAUGACUCAAAAACAGUUGGCGAGCUGCUCGUCACCAUAUGCAGUAGAAUAGGAAUCACCAACUAUGAGGAAUACUCCCUCAUUCAAGAGGUGCCAGAGGAUAAGAAGGAGGAUGGGAUGGGGACACUGAAGAAAGACAGGACCCUGCUGCUGAGAGAUGAAAGGAAGAUGGAAAAGCUCAAAGCAAAACUUCACACAGAUGACGACUUGAACUGGCUGGACCACAGCAGGACAUUCAGAGAACAGGGGGUGGAGGAAAGCGAGACUCUACUGCUCAGGCGCAAGUUCUUCUAUUCAGACCAGAAUGUGGAUUCACGGGAUCCUGUUCAGCUAAACCUGCUCUAUGUUCAGGCUAGAGAUGAUAUAUUGAAUGGAUCCCACCCUGUCUCCUUUGAUAAAGCAUGUGAGUUUGCGGGGAUCCAGGCUCAGAUCCAGUUCGGACCCCACGUGGAGCACAAGCACAAGCCUGGAUUCCUGGACCUGAAGGAGUUCCUACCUAAAGAGUAUAUCAAGCAGAGAGGGGCCGAGAAGAAAAUAUUCCAAGAACAUAAAAACUGUGGAGAGAUGUCUGAGAUAGAAGGAAAAGUAAAGUAUGUGAAGCUUGCUAGGUCCCUCCAGACAUAUGGAGUGUCCUUCUUUCUCGUGAAGGAAAAGAUGAAGGGUAAAAAUAAGCUGGUCCCGCGGCUGCUGGGGAUAACCAAAGAGUCAGUGAUGCGGGUGGAUGAGAAGACGAAGGACGUGGUGCAGGAAUGGCCACUGACAACAGUCAAGAGAUGGGCAGCCUCCCCUAAGAGUUUCACCUUGGAUUUUGGAGAGUACCAGGAAAGCUACUACUCUGUCCAGACUACAGAGGGAGAGCAGAUAUCACAACUCAUUGCUGGUUAUAUUGACAUCAUUCUUAAAAAGAAGCAGAGUAAGGAUCGUUUUGGCCUUGAGGGGGAUGAGGAAUCCACCAUGCUGGAGGAAUCAGUUUCCCCUAAGAAGUCCACAAUUUUGCAGCAGCAGUUCAAUCGGGUAGGCCGUGUGGAGCACGGCUCGGUAGCCCUUCCAGGUAUAAUUCGGUCUGGGUCUAUUGGCGGGCCUGACACUUUCAAUAUGGGUACUAUGCCCUCUGCUCAGCAGCAAAUCACCACAGGGCAAAUGCACAGAGGACACAUGCCUCCACUGAGUCUAGCCCAGCAGGCCCUGAUGGGGACCAUCAACAGCAGUAUGCAGGCUGUGCAGCAGGCCCAGGCUGACCUGGGACAUGUCGAUAAUCUGCCUCCACUGGGCCAUGACUUGGCAUCCAGGGUUUGGGUUCAGAACAAAGUGGAUGAAUCCAAACAUGAAAUCCACUCUCAGGUUGAUGCCAUCACUGCUGGAACAGCAUCUGUGGUCAAUCUCACUGCAGGUGAGCCGACAGAAACUGACUACACAGCAGUGGGCUGCGCCAUCACCACCAUCUCCUCCAACCUGACGGAAAUGUCUAAGGGUGUUAAGUUGCUUGCGGCAUUAAUGGACGAUGAGGUGGGCAGUGGACACAAGCUCAUGGGUGCUGCCAGGAUGCUGGCAGGAGCUGUGUCAGAUCUGCUCAGAUCUGUUGAGCCCGCAGCCGCAGAGCCCAGGCAGACGGUGCUGACGGCAGCAGGAAGCAUUGGACAAGCCAGCGGGGACCUGCUCCGUCACAUGGGGGAGGGCGAGACUGAUGAGAAGUUCCAGGACACCCUGAUGAAUCUGGCAAAAGCAGUGGCCAAUGCAGCUGCUAUGUUAGUCCUGAAGGCCAAGAACGUGGCCCAGGUGGCCGAAGACACCAUAUUGCAGAACCGGGUGAUUGCAGCUGCCACUCAGUGUGCCCUGUCCACCUCACAGCUGGUCGCCUGCACUAAGGUGGUGAGCCCAACCAUCAGCUCCCCAGUGUGUCAGGAGCAGCUUGUCGAGGCCGGGAAGUUGGUGGACCGUUCCGUGGAAACCUGCGUCAAAGCUUGCCGCUCGGCCAGCGACGACGGUGAGCUGCUGAAGCAAGUUGGGGCAGCAGCUGGUGUGGUGAGCCAGGCUCUCAGCGACCUCCUGCAGCACGUCCGCCACUAUGCCAGCUGCGGCGAGCCUAUUGGACGUUAUGACCAGGCCACGGAUACGAUUAUGAACGUGACCGAAAACAUUUUCACUUCCAUGGGUGAUGCUGGUGAGAUGGUCCGUCAGGCCAGAGUUUUAGCCCAAGCUACCUCUGACUUGGUCAAUGCCAUGAGAUCAGAUGCAGAGGCAGAAGUUGAUGUUGACAACUCCAAAAAAUUGCUUGCUGCAGCCAAGCUCUUGGCUGAUGCCACAGCUCGGAUGGUGGAGGCUGCUAAGGGGGCAGCCGCCUACCCGGACAAUGAAGACCAGCAACAGAGACUCAGAGAGGCAGCUGAAGGGCUACGUGUCGCCACUAACGCGGCGGCUCAGAACGCAAUAAAGAAAAAAAUAGUCAACAGGCUGGAGAUCGCUGCUAAGCAGGCAGCGGCUGCUGCUACACAGACCAUCGCAGCUGCCCAAAACGCAGCUGCUUCCAACAAAAAUACAGCCUCACACCAACAGCUAGUUCACAGCUGCAAGAUGGUAGCAGAUAGUAUUCCCCAGUUGGUGCAGGGAAUGAGGAGCAGCCAAGCCCAGCCUGAGGAGCUGGGCCCCCAACUCGCCCUCAUCAUGGCCAGCCAGAGCUUCUUACAGCCUGGGAGUAAGAUGGUGGCGUCUGCAAAGUCAGCAGUUCCAACAGUGGCCGAACAAGCUGCUGCUAUGCAACUGGGCCAGUGUGCCAAGAAUUUAGCUACCUGCCUGGCGGAGCUCCGGACUGCCACGCAGAAGGCACAUGAAGCUUGUGGCCCUCUGGAGAUUGACUUAGCCCUCAAAACUGUACAGACACUCAAGAGUGAACUUCAGGAUGCCAAGAUGUCUGUCAUUGAUGGCCAACUCAAACCACUUCCUGGAGAAACGCUGGAAAAAUGCGCUCAGGAUUUGGGAAGUACGUCUAAGACUGUGGGUUCUUCCAUGGCCCAGUUGCUGACAUGCGCUGCGCAAGGCAAUGAACAUUACACAGGUGUUGCUGCUAGGGAAACAGCACAGGCUCUGAGGACAUUAGCUCAAGCCGCUCGAGGUGUGGCAGCCAGCACCAAGGAGCCUCAGGCUGCAGCUGCCAUGCUGGACUCAGCCCAGUGUGUGAUGGAGGGCUCAGCCAUGCUCAUCCAUGAAGCACAUCAGGCCCUGGUUCAUCCUGGUGAUGCUGAGAGUCAGCAGAGACUGGCACAGGUGGCCAAAGCUGUUUCGCACUCCCUUAAUAAUUGUGUGAAUUGCCUGCCAGGCCAGAAGGAUGUUGACAUGGCCCUCAGGAGCAUAGGCGAGGCCAGCAAGAAGCUACUAGUGGACUUCCUCCCUCCCUGCAGUAAGACAUUCCAAGAGGCUCAGUCUGAUCUGAACCACACAGCAGCUGAACUCAACCACUCCGCAGGCGAGGUCGUCCACUCCUCUCGUGGAAGAAGCAGCCAGCUGGCUGCAGCCUCAGGGAAGUUUAGCCAAGACUUUGAUGAGUUCCUGGAUGCUGGCAUUGAGAUGGCAGGACACACCCAGAGUAAGGAUGACCAGAUCCAAGUCAUCGGUAAUCUGAAGAACAUCUCCAUGGCAUCCAGUAAGCUGCUACUGGCUGCCAAGUCUCUGUCUGUGGAUCCAGGUGCAGCCAAUGCUAAGAAUCUCCUAGCUGUGGCAGCAAGGGCGGUGACAGAGAGUAUUAACCAGCUGAUAACGCUCUGUACACAGCAAGCAGCAGGACAAAAGGAGUGUGACAACGCCUUGAGGGAGUUGGAGGCUGUCAGAGGUCUGCUGGAUAACCCCAGUGAGCCCGUCAACGAGCUCUCCUACUUUGAUUGCAUCGAGAGCGUCAUGGAGAAUUCAAAAGUCCUAGGGGAGUCAAUGGCAGGCAUUUCUCAGCACUGUAAGACAGGUGAUGUGGUGGCCUUCGGGGAGAGCGUGGGCUUGGCGUCCAAAGCUCUGUGUGGGCUGACAGAGGCUGCAGGACAGGCCUCUUAUCUUGUAGGUGUUUCUGAUCCCAGUAGUCAGUCAGGCCACGAGGGGCUGGUGGAUCCCAUUCAGUUUGCACGAGCCCACCAAGCUAUACAGAUGGCUUGUCAGAACUUAGUGGAUCCUGCCAGCAGUCCCUCACAGGUCUUGUCUGCAGCAACAAUUGUAGCCAAGCACACCUCGGCUCUCUGUAACGCCUGUCGCCUGGCCUCUUCUAAAACUUCCAACCCAGUGGCUAGGAGACAGUUUGUCCAGUCAGCCAAAGAGGUGGCCAACACCACAGCCAACCUUGUCAAAACCAUCAAGGUCAACUCUCCAACUGAUCAAAACGCCUUGGAUGGGGAUUUUUCCGAAGAGAAUAGAAACAGGUGCCGCGUUGCUACAGCCCCGCUCCUCGAGGCUGUGGAAAACCUGACGACCUUUGCCAACAACCCCGAUUUUGCAAGCAUUCCAGCUCAGAUCAGCAAUGAGGGCUCAGCAGCACAGGAGCCCAUUGUGCGUUCAGCCCGCUCCAUGCUCGAUAGCUCCACUUACCUUCUAGAAACAGCCCGCUCACUGGUCCUUAACCCCAAAGAUCCCCCCACCUGGUCCAUACUAGCCGGCCACUCCAGGACAGUUUCUGACUCCAUCAAGAGUCUCAUCACCUCUAUUAGGGACAAGGCACCGGGACAGAGGGAGUGUGAUUACUCCAUUGAUAACAUCAAUAAGUGUAUCCGGGACAUUGAGCAAGCUUCACUAGCAGCGGUUGGCCAGACCCUACCCUGCAGAGAUGAUAUCUCCAUGGAAGCACUCCAGGAGCAGCUGACAUCCUCGGUACAGGAGAUUGGUCAUCUCAUUGAUCCAGUCUUUACAGCUGCCCGAGGCGAAGCUGCCCAACUAGGACACAAGGUAACCCAGCUGGCCAGUUACUUUGAGCCACUCAUUAUGGCAUCGGUGGGCCUGGCCUCUAAGCUGCAUGACCACCAGCAGCAGAUGACCAUCCUGGACCAGACCAAGACGCUUGCUGAGUCCGCCCUGCAGAUGCUUUAUGCUGCCAAGGAAGGCGGGGGAAACCCAAAGGCAUCCCACACACACGAUGCCAUCAAUGAAGCAGCCCAGCUGAUGAAGGAGGCUGUUGACGACAUCAUGGUGACUCUGAAUGAGGCAGCGAGCGAGGGCGGCAUGGUUGGGGGUAUGGUAGAGUCCAUCGCUGAGGCUAUGGGCAGGCUGGCUGAAGGAACACCCCCUGAACCCGAGGGUUCCUUUGUAGACUACCAAACCACCAUGGUCAAAUUUUCUAAGGCCAUUGCCAUCACAGCACAGGAGAUGAUGACUAAGUCGGUAACCUGCCCCGAAGAGCUCGGUGGCCUUGCCUCUCAGGUGACGGUGGACUACGGACAGCUGGCACACCAAGGAUACCUUGCUGCAGCCACUGCAGAGCCAGAGGAGGUUGGCUUCCAGAUAAAGACGCGGGUGCAAGAAUUGGGCCAUGGCUGUAUUUACCUGGUCCAGAAGGCUGGAGCCCUGCAGCUCAGCCCUACGGACAGCUUCUCCAAACGGGAGCUCAUCGAGUGCGCCCGUGCAGUCACAGAGAAGGUGUCCUUGGUACUUUCAGCCCUACAAGCAGGAAACAAAGGCACUCAGGCCUGUAUCACUGCAGCAGGCGCAGUUUCUGGAAUUAUUGCUGACCUGGACACCACCAUCAUGUUCGCCUCAGCUGGAACACUUAACCCUGAGAAUGAAGAGUCCUUUGCAGACCACAGGGAAAGCAUCUUGAAGACAGCCAAGGCACUAGUGGAAGACACCAAGCUGCUGGUUGCUGGGGCAGCGUCAACCCAGGAGAAACUGGCCCAGGCUGCCCAGUCUUCAGCCAAGACCAUCACUCAGCUCACAGAGGUGGUCAAACUGGGAGCAACCAGUAUGGGCUCUGAGGACCCAGAGACACAGGUGGUUCUGAUAAACGCGGUGCGGGAUGUGGCCAAGGCUCUGGCCGAACUCAUUGGUGCCACCAAAUGUGCUGCAGGCAAACCAGCUGACGACCCCUCCAUGUAUCAGCUGAAGAGUGCUGCCAAGGUCAUGGUCACCAACGUGACGUCGCUCCUCAAAACAGUGAAGGCAGUAGAGGAUGAAGCCACCCGUGGGACGAGGGCACUUGAAGCCGCCAUUGAGUGCAUCAAGCAGGAGCUGACGGUGUUCCAGUCCAAGGACGUCCCAGAAAAGUCCACUUCACCUGAGGAGUUCACCCGCAUGACAAAGGGCAUCACCAUAGCAACAGCCAAGGCAGUGGCCGCAGGCAACUCUGCUCAGCAGGAGGAUGUGAUCGCCACUGCCAACCUGAGCCGCAAAGCCAUCUCCGAUAUGCUGACUACCUGCAAGCAAGCAGCAUAUCACCCUGAGGUCAGUGAGGAACUGAGGAGUAAAGCCCUGCAAUAUGGCUCUGAGUGCACCACCGGAUACAUCAACCUUCUGGAGCAAGUCUUGCAGGUUGGAAAGAAGUAGUCUCAUAAAUAAAGGAUACAAGUGAUUUUGUGUGCAUCUCCUGGCCUCUUGCACUCACCCUGCACUGAUAAAAAAAGUCUCAGACUUCCUCAUAGGAUAAAACGCAAAAAUUGUGUUAGGCCGCUAUGCAAGCCUUUAGAAAAUCUGAUUUUGAUUUUUGUUUAUUUUUUCUGUUGUUGAAUAUAUUUGCAUAGAAAUUAGCAACUCAUUCUGAUGAAAUUGCUUUGUUGCAAAAAUUACUGCAUGAAGACUGCGUGAAGACAAGUGUGUCCAUGUGAGACAAAUUGCCAGUUAAUGCAUUAAGUAUCAUAAUUACGGAUCUCGUUUGCAUAAUUAAUGGGCACAUCAUACCGAGUCUGGCAAGAGAUCAGGCACACGAAGGACUUUAAAAUCCACAAUAUAUAACUUAGUUACAGAAAUAGUUGCUCAAGUAACAAAAACGGAUCCUCAACUUUUACAUUCUGCAACAUAGGUUAGCGUCUUUCAGCAAGUUAAUUAUAAAUUAUACUCUGAAUUCUUAACAUGUAAUCGAGAAAGAUUAAAAAUGAAC